GAUUAAACGAGUUGUCCCAGUCUGAGAUUUCAGAACAGACGCAUUACUUGUAUUUAACAAAUAUAACGUGACGAUGUGUAUUACAAUUAAUGUAAUAAUUAUUAUAUGUUUCGUAAACAUAAAUGGUAUUUCUUUAAGAGAUAUUGCAAGAACCAAACGGCAAAUCCUUGAAGUUGAGGAAAAUUGGGUUUGGGGUUAUUAUGAAAAUAACACUCCUAUUUCGAAGGAAAAUAAAGCUAAGAUAAUCAGUACUUCUACAGAGGCAUCUUUUCUUAAAGCUACAAAGGCGCCUUUAGAACAAUUAAGACAAGACACAACUAUAACAACGCAAAUUAAUUCAACGCCUACUUCUACUUCUUCUCCUGAAACGACUACACGUAAUUUUUGUGAUCCAAUCCCGAAGCCGGAUUUUAAGGGGCCAGGUCUAAGAGUCAACGAGGAAAAAUGUAUGGGUUACAUUUGGGAGUUACAAAAUAGAAUUAAAAUGCAACAACAAGAUGAAAUAUGUAACCCGCGUAAAUUAUGGAACAUCAAUCACGCAAUUGGAGGUCGACUAACGGAAACUGGAGAAUUCCCCCAUAUGGGUGCUUUAGGUUGGAAAGCAGUGGUGGGAACGUGGAUCUUCAAAUGUGGUAGCUCACUCAUCAGUCAUAAUUUUGUUCUGACCGCGGCUCACUGUGCAAAAGCAUCUUCUAGAGACUCUUCUUUAGCUGAUCCUAUACCGAAAAUUGUAAGAUUGGGUGACAAAAUUAUCGUUGACGUAAAAAAUCAUUUCAGAUUCCCAACAGACGCAAACAUUUCCAGGAUCAUAGUGCAUCCCCAAUACGUUUCUCCUGUUAAGUACUACGAUAUAGCACUAAUGCAAUUGGAAAAACCAGUACAAUUCACGAGGCUCAUCCAACCAGCUUGCUUGUGGAACAGUUUCUAUACUGGCGAUGCAGGACAUCUAGCAACUCUGACUGGUUGGGGAGUUGUUAAAUCUGGAUCCCUCGACAUUUCACCAGAACUACAGGCAGCUACGGUUAAUGUCUUAGAUACGGCACAAUGCGAUGAACUUCUAAAGAAUUCACAAAAUCGGAACUGGAGAGGGUUUCAGGAACAUCAGCUGUGUGCUGGGAAGUUAGAGGGCGGAGUUGAUUCUUGUCAGGGUGAUUCCGGGGGACCUCUACAAAUGAAGAUACCGAUACCUAAAGAGCUUACAGAUAAACAAGGUUCCAUGCACUAUAUCAUCGGUGUCAUAUCAUUCGGUGUAGGUUGUGCGCAUCCGAACCUUCCCGGGAUUUAUACAAGAGUGUCCUCUUUCGUCGACUGGAUUGAAGGUAUUGUUUGGAAGAAUGAAACAAAUGUAGAUACAAUUAAAACAGAAUUAAAUCUUAGCAGAAACUACAUACCGCCCCUUAUAUGAGUCCUUUGAGAUAAUUAUAUUUAAAUAAUAACCAAAAUGUAAAGAAAACUGUCUGGAUAAAAAAAACCUUUUGUUGUUUUGUUAUUAUAAGUUAAAAUUUUCUCUUUUUUUUCAUUCCGCUGUUAUAUGUUUAUUCUAUUCAUAUUCGCUAGUUUUAUACGUACUUCUUGUGUGGGGAGAGUCUUGUGCACUGAGAUACAAGCCCUGCUUAGUACAGACACCAGUCUCUCACAAACUUACUUUGUAUAGUUAUAGUAAACUUUUCUGUAAAUAUUUUAAUCUCAAUUCUAUCAUUAAGCCAAAUAGCUGAACGUGGCCAUUCAGUCUUUUCAAGACUAUUGGCUUUGUCUACCCCGCAAGGGAUAUAGACGUGCCCAUAUGUACGAAUGUAUGUAUUUUAAUUUAAGUUUGUGUAGAGAAAAAUAAAGAAAUUUAAAUUUGGACAAUAACACAUUCGGUGUUUAUGUCCACACCUCGUAUUGACCUUAGUUGUUUUUUGAUAUCACAACUAAGCUCGCUUCAAAACUACACUUUUCAUGUAAUAAUACCCAGAUUUAUAAUAAA